AUGGAACCAUCCACUGUCAAAAAGGUUUACAUUGUGUAUUUGGGGUCACACAUGCAUGGUAAACAGCCAACAUCUAUGGAUGUUGACAAUGCCAAGAAUUCUCAUUUUGAGUUGCUGGGCCUCUCCUUGAAAAGUAACACAAAGAAAGCCAAAGAUGCCAUUUUCUACCACUAUACCAGAAACAUAAAUGGCUUUGCUGCUAUGCUUCACGAGGAAGAAGCAAUAGAGAUUCAGAAACAUCCAGACGUUAUCUCGGUUUUCCAGAGCAACGAAAGAAAAUUGCAAACGACCCGGUCAUGGGGUUUCCUUGGACUAGAGACGAAAAGUGGAGAAGUUCCAAGGAGCUCAGUUUGGAACAAGUCAAGGUUUGGCGAAGAUGUCAUCAUCGCAAAUCUUGAUAGUGGUGUUUGGCCACAGCGAGCGAGCUUCCGUGAUGAAGGAUAUGGACCAGUGCCGCUGAGAUGGAAAGGUCGCUGUGAGGAGGACAAGACAGAUAAUCCAAUCCAAUGCAAUAAGAAGUUGAUAGGAGCUAGGUAUUUUAGCAGUGCUGCGAGAGCAAGAUUUGGAGUGGAACAUACCCCUGAUAGUUGCCGGGAUAUCAAUGGCCAUGGAACCCACUCAUUAACGAUAGCAGGGGGAAACUUUGCGCCUCGUGUAAAUUAUCAAACUUACGCAUAUGGAAAUGCAAAGGGGGGCUCGCCAAAAGCCCGCCUCGCUGCUUACAAGGUGUGUUGGAUAAAUUGCCUGGAGGCGGACAUCUUGGCUGGCUUUGAUGCUGCCAUAAGUGAUGGGGUCGAUGUCAUUUCAGUGGCAAUUGCUAAUUUUGGCCCAUCGGAGUUUUUUAAGGAUGUGAUAUCAAUCGGUGCCUUCCAUGCCGUUAAACAAGGCAUAGUUGUGGUUUGUUCUGCGGGCAACUCAGGACCAGAGCCAGGGAGAGUUGACAAUGUGUCUCCUUGGAUAAUCACAGUUGGUGCAAGCACAAUUGAUCGUUUGCCUAUGAACAACCUCAAGGGAACAUCACAUCAUAUCUCCUCCACUUCAAAUAUUAGUUCAACAUAUGGUAAAGCUGCCUUUGCUUAUAACGACCAUGUCGAAUAUCCAAACCUACAAUUGGAAAAAGUGCGAGCUCCUAUAAUGGCUGAUUUCUCAUCUAGGGGACCCAACAUGGUUCAGCCAGCCAUUCUCAAGCCGGAUAUCACUGCACCAGGAGUCGACAUACUUGCUGCUUAUUCUGCAUAUCCAAGAGCUAUAUCUGGUGGAGAAGUUUUCAGGAUAAGAAAUGGAACUUCAGUAUCAUGCUCUCAUGUCACUGGCAUAGUGGGCCUUAUUAGAGCACUCUAUCCAGAUUGGAGUCCAGCUGCUAUCAAAUCUGCUAUCAUGACAUCUGCAACAAAAAAAGACAACACCAAUGCGUUUAUACAGAAUGAAUCACAGAGAAAUGCAACUCCGUUUGACUACGGGGCAGGACAUGUUCAUCCAAGCCGUGCUGCUGAUCCAGGUCUUGUUUAUGACUUGACUGCUAUAACAAUUCCAGAUUUGCAAGGUCGAAUUACCGUAUCAAGAACGGUGAAGAAUGUUGGUACUCCAGGAAAAUAUAGUGUGAUUAUUAAAGAGCCAACAGGAGUGUCAGUUUAUGUUAAUCCAAGGACACUUCAUUUCAAGGAAACAGGAGAAGAAAAGACAUUCAAUGUUACUCUGGAGGUCAAGGCUGAUAAUAAUUCUUCAGACUAUGCGUUCGGAUACUUCACGUGGCUUGAUGGCAAACAUUACGUGAGAAGUAUUAUUGUAGUGAAGCUGAAGCUGUAGCUGUAGAUUUUUUGUCGAGAAUCAAUGAAAUAAGAUUUGCUGAUUCAA